GAUUGCUCAGCCUAUAAUUUAACUACAUAACAUUUUCCAUUUUCCAUUUUCAUCUUUUCUCUCUUCACUUUUUCCAAUCCAUCUCUCCUUUCUCUUAAUCCCAAUUCUUCUCCCUCUACUCCAUUAUCAGUGAAUUGUAUUUCAUCGAACCACUUCUCCAUCCUUCUCGGAUAAGAUCUCCCUCUUUAUCGCAAACCAACAAUCGCGACAAUCAACCUCGUCAAUAACAACAACAACAACAACCACCUUCAAUUUCCAUUAUAUCAAACGCAAUACACAACCAUGCCUGUUACAUUGAGAAAACGUCCUGCUCCAGCUGAGCCUCCAGCUCCAGCUCCAGCUGCUAAAAAGAAGUCAACUGUCGCAAAGACCGUCGCAAAAGUUAAAGAACCCGUCAAGAAAGCUGCUGAACCGAAAGCUGCUGAACCAAAAGCUGCCAAAGCUACCAAAGCUGCUCCUGCAUCAAAGACAAAUGGAUCUAAAGCUAAGACCGAAACUAAAGUUGAAGCUCCAGCUCCCUUGCCUCAAGUUAAAGCUUCUAAAGCUUCAGCUCCAGCUCCAGCUUCAGCUCCAGUAGCAACGACAAAAGUUGUAGUUGGUGAAACCAUCGAUCUUAAAGGAUUCGGUGGAGAGAUUGAAACCAAUGAGGGUGAAAAGACUACACUCGAGAAACUUGUUUCGGAGAGUAAGAGUGGUGUUGUACUUUUUACUUAUCCCAAAGCUUCUACUCCUGGAUGCACAACCCAAGUCUGCGCUUUCCGCGACUCUCAUCCCACCCUCCUCUUAACCGGCUACACCGUCUAUGGUCUCUCAAAGGAUUCCCCCAAAUCCAACACCACCUUCAAAACCAAUCAAAAACUUCCUUAUACACUUCUUUGCGACACAAAGUCUACACUCAUCUCCGCAAUUGGGUUGAAAAAUGCAAAGGGUACCACUAGAGGUGUAUUUGUCAUUGACAAAUCCGGAAAGGUAUUGGCCGCUCAGGCUGGUAGUCCUAAGGGUACACUUGAGGUUGUAGAAGGAUUGAUUGGUGCUAAGAAAGCAGAAGUCGAAAAGGAAGAAGCUGUAACUGAAGAAGAUAAAGAAGCCGAGAAGGAAAAUGAGAAGGAAACUACAGCAGAAGAAACAAAAGAGGAAGCCUCACCAACUUCAGAGGAAAAGAAAACCGAAGAACCAACAAUUCCAGAAACAAAUGGUAUUAACGGGGCCGACUCAUCCGCAGCAAAGGAAGAUGUUGCCAAAGCAGAAGUUGCAGCAGAUGUAGCUGAUACAGCUGAAAAACUUGACGGCAAAGAUUCCGAAGUUAAAGCUGCUGAGACUUCAACAGCUUGAGCAUGGAGGUCUUGACUUGAGUUUGAUUCUUCAGGAUGAAUGCUUGGUUUGAUGAAUUCAUUCAUCUGCAUUGCUGCUACUUGCAUAACCCUUCGUUCAUCCACUGCACGCAUGCGUAUAUGAUUGCAUUUUCUUCUCAUUUGAUCUUCUGAUUCUGAUUUUGAUUUUUGAUGGGCAUCGAAAGAAAGCGAGUCAUGGCGAUGAAUGGAUGGAUUGAAAAAGCAUGGAAUCGUUUUGAUUUGAUUCGGUUGAUCUAUCUCAUUUUACUUGUUGGAUUGAUUUUUGAAGAUACUUAUUAUUCCCAAUCUUCAGGGCCCCUUCCAUUUUCAAUUCCUACAUACUCAUUUCACAAUUUUAGCUAGCCAAUGGAAGGAAGAACGUAGGGAGGAAAGAAGCAUGGAAGGAAAAGAUACUCAUUUUUCUCUUUUGACAAUAUUCAAUUCGAUUCAAAUUUUCUUAUGGUAUGUAUGGGCAGGUGCUAUGGAGUGAGUUUGGGGUUUCUUUUUCUCUUUCGUUAAUGGGAAUGCGGGAUAGGGUACAAAUAAGACAGACAUUAAAUACAACACAAUACGAUAUGAUGGAGGAUACUGGAUACGAAAGCUGGAUAGGAUAGGAUAUGAAAAAUGGAUAGGAUUGCAUAGGAUAGUAGUAUAGGAUAUGACGUGAUAUCCGAAUUAUAAGUUCAAUUCUAUUCA